AUGGCUGAGUCGGGCGGCGACUAUGGAGGCGUCUGGAGCCGGUGUCCUACCUGGGACGGCUCCCCUCUGACAUGGCGGGCCUUUAAGAGGGAAAUGUCCUGGUGGAUAAGCUCCUUGGACCUGGAAUCCACCCGGAAGUUCAAUUUGGCGGCCCGCUUCCUCAUGCGACAAAGCGGCACCGUGAAGCAGCGGGGGGAAGAGUUUUCUCCCGAAGAACUGGAAUACCAGAAAGCGGUGACCGCCCCGGAUCCGGAGACCGGCGAGGAGGUGACCAUCAUCGAGGAGGACCUCUUGGCUGGCUUAAAUAAACUUCUGCAGGCGUUGGAGAACUUGAAUGGACAGUCGGUCUUAGACAGGAGGGGCGAACUGAGGACGCAAUUCUAUCUCCACAUGGCCAGGCGGCCUGGCGAGAGGGUUGCGGAUUAUGCCACCCGGUUCCGUACGGUGAUCUCCGACAUGAAGACCGAGGGCGUGAAGCUUCCUGACUCCGAGGUGGGCUGGUUUUUUAAGGAGAAGCUUGGGCUCGACGCUUUGCGGCGCCAGCUCUUGGAUACCGCGCUUCAGGGUGCCGAAGCCUACGGCACCAUUGAAGGAGAGUGCCUGCGGCUUUUCCGUGAUCUGCACCUGCAGGACCCGCUCUUCCGCAGGAUGGAGAAAGGCAGCGGCCGCAUGACGAUCAAGCGGAUCUUCGGCGGCACUGCUCCUUCUUCGGCCGCUACCUCGGCUCCCUCUACGGCGUCUUCCCGGCGAUCCUCGACUAUGAUUUCGGCUGGGUCGGCGGCUUCUUCGCGAAGGUUUGCUCCGAGACAGGUGCAGGCCGCUGAGGCCGAAAGUCAGGAGACCCUGGAGGCUGUCAUGGACGAGGCGGGCGGUGAUGAACCAGAGACCGAAGAGCAGGCCGGCGACAGCCCGUCCUUGGAAGAGGUUCUUCAGACUGAGGUGCAGUGCUUGGCGGACGAGAUCGCCCAGGCCGAAGAGGAAGGAAUCGACCCGGCCUUUUGCGAGGCCCUGGAAACGGAGAUUGAGGCGUCGGCGGAGGCUCUGGUCAGCAUGCGCGAGGCCAGGGUGAAGCUGGCCGAGGUCCGAAAAGACCGUGGCUAUAAGGGGCCCUCCGUUGGCAACUCUUCGGCUACCUCCGGAAAGGGACGAGGCAAGGCGGCGAUCGCGGCAAAGAAGGCCUCGGGCAAACACCUUUGUUUCGACUGCGGACUGCCUGGGCAUUGGAGCGGGGACCCGGAAUGUACCAAGCCGGGCGCAGGGCUUGGCCGUGCAAAGAGCAAGGCUGCGCCUAAGCAAGCGGAGAAUGAGGUGCACAUGGUGAUGUCGCUCUCGGCGGCCCUGCGGUCCUCGACGGCGACUUCGGCUUCGGAGGCUCUGGCGGCCAAUGUGCUUUCACAGGACAAGGCCCUGGUCGGUGCUCUGGAUUCAGCCUGUAACAGGACUUGUGCUGGAGAAGAUUGGGUUCUGGGCUACCUCGAGGAGCUUAAGAAGGCCCCGGACGAGGUUCGCAACCUGGUUCUCUCGGUCGAGGAGCGAGAGAGCUUCAAGUUCGGGAACGGGGCCACUCUUCCGAGUGGUGUUCGUUACCGUCUCCCUGCCGUCAUCGCCGGGAACCUCGUUGGCAUAUGGGUGUCCUGUGUGCCAGUGGCUUCGUUGGGCCUUUUGCUGGGGCGUGAUCUUCUUGACGGCCUGGGGGGCGUACUUGACUUCGGGCAGAAGACCCUUCGGUGCAAGCUUUUUGCAGGCCGGCCACCCGUGCCUUUGGAGCGCCUCGUGGCUGGACACCUGGCCCUUGGACUCAUACCGGAUGUGUGGCCCGCUGUGACUCGAGGCCGCUGGCGAAAAUUGGGUCCCGGGGGUGUGCUCGAGAACAUGGCGAGACCUUCGGCUGCGCCCUUCAUGAGGAUGGACCCUCGAGCACCGCAAGCCCUGGAUCCCGACCUACGAGUCGGCGGCAGGUGGCGACGGAUGGUGCUACGGGCCCUUGUGCGUUUCGACUGGAGCCGCGAAGGUGUGCGCCUUUGGUGCGUAAAGCAUCCCGAGCUGCGCUGGUUGCCCUUUCCUUAUCCCUCGGUGUCCUCAGUGGAGCAGUGGAAGCUGCAGGUGGAUGGGAUGGUGGCCAGCGCCUGUUUUCCUCGGCGAUGGGUGGGCCGAGGCCUUUUCAAUUCGACGACGUUGGCUUCAAUGACUUGGCUGCGCAGCCGUGUGGGACUCAAGUUCGCCUUCCUCGAGGACCCCGUGCUCAGUGGGAUGUUGGCGGCCAAGAACAUGCCAGGCCGCAUGACGCGCAUCAAGAACGCGGCCCUCAAGGAGGAGGCGGCUACGCUCGCCAAAGAAGCCGAUCGGUUGCAAGUGGCUCGGGCACUGGUCGGGCCCAAGGGCGGGAUGCCCACGCUCAAGGGCGACCUGGUGAAGUUGGCGGCCCUGCUGCACACCCCGGUGGGCGACAAGGACACGAUCAAGGACAUUCGGAACAAGCUUCGGCCGAUCGUGAACGACCUGUGCAACAAGCCCCCCGACUUCGGCAGUGGAGGCACGACCCUCGACUUUGACCUCGUUCGGAAGUAUGUCACCUGGGCCCUCGGCGCCUUCGGCAAGGACGCCUACUACAACAACGCCGGCCGCCGACCUGAACACUUUGAAUGCCUCCACCUUGAAUGCCCACCUGAUGCAGGUCAUGGACCAGAGGCGAUGUUCGCGCAGGUGCUUCAGCAUGUCAUGCAGCUACGCAUGAACCCGCAGCCCGAAGCCCCGGAUCAGGACAUGGACGGUUGGCAUUUCGUUCUCGAACACCCGCCGGGCUCCGUCCUUUGGCGUCUUCCUGGUGUUCGAGCCCUCGCGGCGGACCCUCGCUGCCGUCAAUUUUCGCUCGACUUGGGGCGCUUUGGCAGCAAAACGGCCGAUGGCAUGCGACUUCGGCUACCCUGGACUAGGCUGGUUACCUCGAGCCAGGCGGUGGUGCAUGAGUUCCGACGGGACCGAGUCGACGGCCAGCCUCCCAGGUUGCAGCUGGACGUCCGCGCCUUCCCCAAGCACUUCUCCGAGAGGCUCGUCGCGGCGAUGGAGGACGAGUUUGACGCGGAAACCUGCCGGCUACAGAGUGCCAGCCGCGCCAAUGAAUGCUUUGAGGUGUCGGGCGCGGGUGGCGCCGUUGACUUUGUGCAGGAAGCCUUGGUCCAGGAACCCGGGCUGGAGGGCGAAAGCGAGACCGAGGAUGAGAACGAGGAGCCCUUCCUGCGGUUCGUCGGGUACAUGAAGCGACUGGCCACCGACCUCCGAAAAGACUUGCCCGGGCCCUUCUACUUUCAGGAGCGCCGCCUGCUGCUGUACAAGCUGCCCGGGAGCUGCGUUGUGAUGUGUGUCUGGAACGCAGCCGCCCUAAAGCUCGAAGAGGCUGUUGGAGAGCGAGCUCACUUGGACCUCCUCAUUGUCGAGGAUGCGCUCGGGGAGGCCUUCGUUGUCGCGCACGCCACUGACUCUGUGUCUAAGUACCAAUUGGCGGCGCUGAUCCCCGACAAGUCCUCGGCGGCGGUUAUCGACUUCUUGCUCCGACUGUGGUGGCCGAUUCUCGGAGCUCCCCGUCAAGUUGUGGCCGAUCAAGGCAGGGAGUUCGUGAGCGAAGAGUUCCAGAACUUUUGUUCGGCGCACUCGACGCACCUCUGGCACUGUGCCGUGCAAGCUCCGUGGCAGAACAGCCCUGCGGAGCGGUCCGGGGGAGUUUUGAAGACCUUGGUCGCGGCCCUUGUCUCAGAGCACGUGACCAUCGGGAGCCGCGACAUGGCCAAUGUUGUGGCGGAGGCGUGUGCAGCCUACAACGCGGACAUCAACGAGGAGGGGGUGUCUCCGUUGCAGUGUGUUACCGGGCGCCAGCCUACCUCCCAGGGCGCUGUGCUGAACAACUUUGCUGGGCGAUUGGCGGAGCACGGCCUGAUCGACUCCGAGCCGUCUUUGCAACAGCGCCUGGCCUUGAGAGAGAGCGCUCGUGUGGGGAUGGUUCGCCUCCACUACUCCAAGGGCAUUCGGCGAGCAGAGCUGGCUCGAAGCCGGGAGCCGACCAUUUUGCGCCCGAUUCAGGCCGGGGACACCGUCUACUUUUGGAGGGCCCAAAAGGCCAAUCGUCGGGGCGACCCUCGAGUUUCGACAUCGAGCCGGCGGAGGCGCUUGGAACUUCGCCGCUGGCAUGGUCCUGCCAUUGUGUUGGCACUUGAGCGCAGUUCCGAUGACAGUGCGGUGAGCAACGCCUUCCUCUCCUUCAAGGGGCAGGUGACCAAGUGUGCCCUGGAGCAUGUUCGCUUGGCUUCGUCGUUGGAACAACUUUCGGCGGGAGCCUGGGAAGCAGCAAUCAAGGAGCUCACGGAGGGCAACAACACUUCCCUUCAACAGCUUGGCUCCGCGGCGGCCGACACCGUUCCCGAGGAGGAGGCUGAGCUCGUCCACGAGGAGUCCGCUUUGGUUCAGCCGCCUUCCGAGCACCCUGAUGCAGAUGAGCGAGCGCUACAGUCGACGGCUGCUCCCGGAACUCCUGUCGGUCAGCUGCUUCAGAGGCCGGUGAUCCAGAGAGCCCUCCAAAGAGCUCAGGACCAGCCAUUAGAACUUGCCUUGGGGCGGCAAGCCUUGGCGCGGGGGCAGCCCGCUGACUUUGCUGCCGAGCUGCGCUCGAUGAUGGAGAGGGGCCGCAAACGAUCUGUGACUGAGAGCGUGGAGCCUUCAGAGUCGCAUCCCGAAGGGCCUCCGACUUUCUCCAGGAGGGUACUGCAGACGGUGCUGCUGAUCCCCAUCGACUUUCUUCAGAACCACUGGGUGAUGUACGUGCUGCAGACGCUGCUGAUCCCCGUGGAGUGUGACCGCUUGAGAGGGCUUGUGUCAGAGAAAGCCCCAGACCAUGGCACGUGGGAUGGUCGCUGGUCUUUGCCUGCUAGGUCUCAGCAUGAGUUGCUUCAAUCCCUUGGAGUCCCUCUACCCACCGGUGUUCCUGAGGAUGCUCACGAAGUACAUGCCACCGGUGGCCGCAAGGAAAAGCUUUGGUCUCACAUGAACGCCUUUGAGAAGAAGCUGUGGGCCGAGGCUGCUGUCAAGGGCUGGAGCGCUUACGUGGACAAUGACGCCGUACGCGUCCUGAGCCUGCAGGAAAGCCUGGCGGUCCGGAAGGAGCUAGCUCGCAAGCGCGAGCUGGACCGCAUCCUCACGCCGAGGUUCGUCAUGACGGAUAAGAAUGACUCCUUGAGGACCGAAGGCGUGAACUUGCCUCCUGCUCCCAGUGCCCGCCUUGUUGUACCAGGCUUUAAGGACCGAGCCAACCUGGAGGGCGAGAUCCGACGGGACGCUCCGACUGGGAGUCGGCUAAGCCAACACCUUCUGGUCUCCUUGGUGGCCUACCACAGCGACACCUGGAACCUGCUCUCCGCUGACGUUAAGGUCGGCCCAGACAUUCCUUUGCCAAAAGGCUGCCUGGCCAAGGUCCUCAAGGGUGUUUUUGGGUUAGCAGAUGCCCCUCGCCAGUGGUGGGUCAAGCUGUCCAAGUCGCUGGAGGCCCGAGGUUGGCAACGGUCGGCUUUAGACCAGGCCGUGUGGUUUCUUUGGGACGGCCCCGAGCGGAAGAAGUUGUGCGGCAUGAUCGUGAGCCACGUUGACGAUUUGUUAUUCGGUGGCGACGCUGCGGCCGAGAAGUCCCUCCUGGCGGCCUACCAUGAGAAUCUUCGUGAGGUUUUCGUGAGCAAGCCCCGGAAGAGCGACGUGGCUUCCCCCUUGACGGCCGUGGAGCACCGACAGCUGCGGGCCCUGCUAGGUUCGUUCCAAUGGCUAGUGGCCCAGCUCCGCUUUGACUUGGCCUUCAGCGUUUCGUCUUUGCAAGGGGAGUCACCGCCUACGGUCGGGACCUUACUUCGUGCAAACCUGUUGGUCCGCGAGUUUCAGCGGAACUGCAACUUCGAGCUGGUGUUCCGCGGCGUGAAUCCCUACAAGGGCGGGCUCAUGGUGGUCACCGAUGCCGCUCUUGGCAAUGUGGACGUAGGUGGCUCGGCUCAGGAGGCCCCGCUGUCUAAGGUGUUUUCUCAAGCUUGUUACUUCGUGGUGCUCGCCGACGAGGCCUUGAUGAACGGGCAGACGGGGAACUUCAACAUCCUCGACAUGCGCUCCCACAGGAUUCCUCGGGUGUGCCGGUCUUCCUACGCUGCGGAGACCUUGGGUGCUGAAGAAGCCUUCGACGUGGGGCAGCUUUGCCGAGGCUUUGUGGCAAGCGUCCGGGGGCUCAGCCUCCACAAGACUCAGCUCGAUGCCUCCAUCAACUCGGUGCCCCUCUGCGUGGUUGUUGAUGCCAAGGACGUCUAUGACAAGUCCAACAGUGACUCCAACAGCUUCGGGAGCCAGAAGUCCUUGGCCUUCACAAUAGCCUGGAUGCGCAGUGUUCUGCGCAGACCCAACACGGGGUUGAGAUGGACGAGCACCGAGAACAUGUGGGCUGAUGGCGGCACGAAGGAGAUGGACUUGACUCACAUGAGGGAGAUCAUGGCCUCUGGUCGAUGGUCUGUGACCUACAGCCCCUCCUUUGUGAAGCAAGUUUCCAAAGGAAAACGCAAGAAGCCUGAGCCCUCACCGGCCGCCGAGCUGUUGGGGUCUCCUUUGGAUCCUUCGGACCCGCUGCUCGGCCAUCUUUUGAAGCUGGGCGAGCUGAAGGGGUGGCACAAUUUGGAAAACAUGGGCGUGAAUGUGGCUUACGACGCCCGGAGCAAAAGAUCCCCUGAACCGCGCUUUUCGCCAAGCCAGUUUCCUUUUAGGAGUUCGUUUUGCAGAGUGGAGCUGCCGACAGGGCAAGCUCAAUGGCGGGUAUUGGAACGCGACGUUCCGUACUCCGAACUACCGAACCAGCACGAGCUCCUCCCGUCAAGAGCACCGAUCCUUGUGACUUUCUUCACAAGGGAUCCUGUACAGUGCUAA